UUGAAUUUCAACGCAACAUUUUCAGUGAUUGUACAAGUACCGUGUAAACGCUCUGAAGACUGCCCAAACGAUAAGUGGUUUUGCUCAGCAGAUAACAACUUAUGUCACUGUAAACGAAAUUUUGUACAAAUUGGCCAAGACUGCUGGACAAAAAUUAAGAUAAAUGAAAAUGAAUGUUAUUAUGACCGACAGUGUACAGCUACAUGGCCAACAGCACGAUGUAUCGACAGACGCUGCAGAUGUCCACCACCGUCAGUUGCUGUUGCUACUUCAACCGGUAUCGUUUGUACGGUUCCAGGAGAAUGUCCCAUUGGUGGAAGUCAGUCUAUCUUACCACAAAGUUGGGGUUGUCAUAACAGAGGAGAAUGUGGACAACAAGGAAGACUAAAUCAUUUAUACGAUUGCAUAACACCCUCGUGGACAGUUUCUUACUGUUGUCCAAAUAGAGCUAAUACUUGUAUGCAGCCGCUUAUGCCAGGGAAUGGAACUGGGCGUUUUCUUAAAUAUUAUUAUGACAGCAACAUCAGGCAAUGCCUGCCGUUUAUGUACAGGGGAGGAAAAUUGUCGAAUGCCAAUGUUUUUCAGUCGAAAGCUGACUGUAACAUUUAUUGCCGUUUAGAGUGUCCAAGAGGAAAUCCGGAAAGACUAGGAAGUGGCGAUUAUAUACUUUGUGAUAACGAUAGUGUUUGUGGAACAAAUUACGGUUGUUUCAAGAAACAAAGUGCUGACACCGGUAUUUGCUGUCCAAAGCGAGAGUGGGUAUGUUCUGCGAAUGGUGCAAGGGAACAUUUUAUAAGCCAUCCUAUAGAAGACGAUUUUGAUUCUGGAUACUUUUUACAUCCCUCAACCUCAGUCUAUGUUCCGGUGAUACGAUUCUAUUAUUCGAUUAAAGAACAUAGAUGCAAAGCAUUUCUAUAUAAAGGAAUUGGUGGUAAUUUUAAUCAUUUUUUAACGAUGGAUCACUGUCAACGAUUUUGUUCCAAAGAUACUGUAAUACGUGCCAAUGGGUCUUUAAAUGAUGCCAAACUGAUUGAACCAUUAAAAGCUGGGAUACCCAACGAUGUUAGCAUAGUUACCAGCACAGUUUCAGCUACUACAGCAGUUACAGACUACACUUUUAACGACUAUAAACUGAAUUCUAAUAUAGAAGUGACACCUAAAAUAUAUUUGCCAACAACAGAAGCUGCACACAGUCAGCCAGCGUCUUGUCCAGGAAAUCGAGUUCCACAAUAUGACAGUCGUGGAAAGGUAGUUUUAUGCAGCUAUGACUUAACAAUACCAAAUGAGGAAUCAUCGCCAUGCGAUCCGAAGGGUUUGUACACAUGCGCAUUUUUUUCCGUCGGUAAAACAAGUGGUAUUUGCUGUUCAUCGUUAAGCGUUGAUCAACACCGUUGUCCUGCCGGUUAUGUUUCACUUAUAGGUCUGGAACAAAAACCUGUUAGAUGCUCACCAAUGGAGAUGACUUCCUGUAUAGCGCAUUCGUCAAUUUGUGUUUUUGACGAAUUUUAUGGAUCAUAUCAUUGCUGCCGUAAAGCUGCUUUUCAAAAUGAACUUUUCCGACUAACAGCACCACCGACUGAUUUACUGUCGACACCAUUAGAGGAGAUUUUGCGAAAAACUUUCCCAUUAUUGGAAAAUGCAACAACACAAAAUUGGAGCUACGGAAAAAUACCGCCCCAGGAAAAUAAUUUUGGUUGUCCAUCGGCAGAAGCAUAUUUUGAGGACCCAAUUGUUGGGGGAGUUUUGGAAUGUGACCCGCUGAACAAUACAACAUGUCCGCCAGAUUGUCCACUAAACAGUGCCGCGUACGUGAACCUGAAGAAGAAUUUGCCACUUGGUUGCGAUUCCAGACGUGGUUGUCCAACUUCUUUCUUCUGUUACAGAAACCCAAGUCGAAGAACUGAUAACGGCGCGUGUUGUUCAGAAGACCCGCUGACAAGCCUAUGUAGUCACGGCGUGGCGUUACGGGAUGUUGACGGCAAAGCAGUGAAAUGUAAGCACGGUGAUACCUGUCCAGCAGGAUACAGUUGCUUGAAUAAAUAUAACAUAAACAUAUGCUGCCCAACUAGUGAGCAAGUCUGUUCACAGCCACCACAUAAGGGAUCAAUUUGCGGUGAUAUAGUUCAACAAAUUGGAUACUACUUUGAUCCCCACACAAAAAAGUGCAAGGAGUUUGUAUUUUCUGGCUGCGGUGGUAACGAUAAUCGUUUUGAAACAGUGAGCGAUUGUAUGGAAUUCUGUCGACCAGGAUUGUACUGCCCAAUAGGAUUUCCACUUGUUGAGAAAAGCGGAUAUUUGGUCAACUGUUCUGAAGCUAAACAGUGUAUGGCGGGUUAUGAAUGUAUGGUCGCUGGAAGUGGUAAUUAUUGUUGUCCAAAGCUUGUUUGUUAUUAUUGGCGUAUUCUAGAAAUGGUUUGUUCGUUGCCUAAGAAUGAAGGAAAAAAUUGCACUCCGUAUAAAGAGGCAGCAGCUAAAGUUACUCUAUGGCAUUUUUCUGCCGCUGAUCAACAGUGUCAAAAAUUUAGUUACCUUGGCUGCAAUGGAAACAUCAAUCGGUUUGCAACGGAACAGCAAUGCUCAAAUACAUGCUUUGCAGCACUUUGCUCUAUUGGUACAGUAUAUAUGGUUAACUACAGUUUGGUUCACUGCAUGAAAGAGUUAGAUUGCCCAACUGGUUAUUUAUGCAUGCCGUCUAGAUAUGGAAGAAGUGCCCUUAAUGGUUGUACAGUAAAUUAUCGCGUUCUAGAAACACUGUGCACUAGAACCGUUGAAAACGACAAGAAAGAAUGUGCUGUCUCAAUAUAUCGUUACCAAUACGAGGCAAAACAAGAUCAAUGUGUAAGUGUUUUACAAAGCGCUUGUUCCUCAGAUACGACGACAACAUUCGACAAAAUGAGUGACUGCAAGCGAUUUUGCGUCCGAAAAUACAGUGUGUGUCCAUCAAGUGAGCUCAUCUAUUAUUCUGGACACUGGCAGAAAGCGUUGACGUGUUCACCAAUCAUCGAAUCGUGUCCACCGGGACAUUACUGCAGCUCAUUUUCUUUAUCGUCCUCAUUUCGCACAUGUUGCCCAUAUCCUAAGUGCCGCAGCGGCAAGGAUGCACUAAAAUAUGACAACGGUACAGUUGUAAAAUGCAGCGUCAGAGGACCAGAAAUUUUUCCGCAUUGUCCAUCAAACUACAAAUGUCAGAUGGUUCAAGACGGACAAUACUUUUGUUGUCCUCAAGCGGAGAUUUCUGAAGUUUGCCCACCUGAUUCUCGACCAUACGUUAAGUUGAACUCUUUACCAGCAUUAUGUGCAGAAAAAGAACCAAGGUGCCCAGAAGGCUAUACAUGUUAUGACAAUAAAAAGUACUUUGAAAGUUAUUGUUGCUCAGACGGCAGUGCUCCAGUUGAACCGCUGAAUCCAUAUGGAAGACCGAAUGGAAAUCUGCUGUUAAACUAUCACCAUUUAUGUGUGGAUGGCAACGAACCACUAUCAGAUUUACUUGGCGUAAAAAUCUGUCACCUAGCACUUGCAUAUUCUUGUCCUAAGAAUUAUCACUGCGAAUAUAAUCGCUAUUUAGAUAGAAAUCAAUGUUGUCCAAAUGCAAACUCUGUGCCUGUAACAACGCGUAGGUCUUACUUAUUUAUUUGCUAA